UCUGCCAGGAGCUAACAUGGCUCCCGUAGUUACACCAUUCUCUCUUUUCACCUAAUCAGCGACCUGACUCCCCAGACCAAGCUACCGAUCAGCAGCUAAGUCUUCUUUGCCCCUCCACUCACCGCCACGAAAGGAGCGACUGAAGGCAGGCAGCACCUUGCGGAGUUUAACUCCGUAACCAGGGAAACACUACUUCCGCUGACGUCACUACGACGACACGUGGAUCCAAGAUGGCGGCUGCGAUGGAUUGGUUGCCGUGGUCCCUGCUGCUUCUCUCUCUCACGUGUGAUACCGGGGCCUUCUACGUUCCUGGGGUCGCACCAAUCAACUUCCACCAGAACGACCCUGUAGAAAUCAAGGCUGUGAAGCUCACCAGCUCUCGCACCCAGCUGCCUUAUGAAUACUACUCACUGCCCUUCUGCCAGCCCAGCAAAAUAACCUACAAGGCAGAGAAUCUGGGAGAGGUGCUGAGAGGGGACCGGAUUGUCAACACCCCUUUCCAGGUUCUCAUGAACAGCGAAAAGAAGUGUGAGGUUCUGUGCAGCCAGUCCAAUAAGCCGGUGACCCUGACCGUGGAACAGAGCCGGCUCGUGGCCGAGCGGAUCUCAGAGGACUACUAUGUCCACCUCAUUGCAGACAACCUGCCCGUGGCCACCCGGCUGGAGCUCUACCCCAGCCGCGACGGCGACGACAAGAAGAAGGAGAAGGACGUGCAGUUUGAACAUGGCUACCGGCUCGGCUUCACAGACGCCAGCAAGAUCUACCUGCACAAUCACCUCUCGUUCAUCCUUUACUACCACCGGGAGGACCUGGAAGAGGACCAGGAGCACACAUACCGCGUCGUCCGCUUCGAGGUGAUUCCCCAGAGCAUCAGGCUGGAGGACCUCAAAACAGACGAGAAGAGCUCAUGCACCCUGCCUGAGGGUACCAACUCCUCGCCCCAAGAAAUUGACCCCACCAAGGAGAAUCAGCUGCACUUCACCUACUCCGUGCACUGGGAGGAGAGUGACAUCAAAUGGGCCUCUCGCUGGGACACUUACCUGACCAUGAGUGAUGUACAGAUCCACUGGUUUUCUAUCAUUAACUCCGUCGUGGUGGUCUUCUUCCUGUCAGGCAUCCUGAGUAUGAUUAUCAUUCGGACCCUCCGGAAGGACAUCGCCAACUAUAAUAAGGAGGAUGACAUUGAAGACACGAUGGAAGAGUCCGGGUGGAAGCUGGUGCACGGUGACGUCUUCAGGCCCCCGCAGUACCCCAUGAUCCUCAGCUCCCUGCUGGGCUCAGGCAUUCAGCUCUUCUGCAUGAUCCUCAUCGUCAUCUUUGUGGCCAUGCUUGGGAUGCUGUCACCCUCCAGCCGGGGAGCCCUCAUGACCACGGCCUGCUUCCUCUUCAUGUUCAUGGGGGUGUUUGGUGGAUUUUCCGCCGGCCGUCUGUACCGCACUCUAAAAGGCCAUCGGUGGAAGAAAGGAGCCUUCUGUACGGCGACAUUGUACCCUGGCGUGGUUUUUGGCAUCUGCUUCGUAUUGAAUUGCUUCAUCUGGGGAAAGCACUCAUCAGGGGCGGUGCCCUUCCCCACCAUGGCGGCCCUGCUAUGCAUGUGGUUCGGGAUCUCCCUGCCCCUCGUCUACCUGGGUUACUACUUCGGCUUCCGCAAGCAGCCGUAUGACAACCCUGUGCGCACCAACCAGAUUCCCCGGCAGAUCCCUGAGCAGCGGUGGUACAUGAACCGAUUUGUGGGCAUUCUCAUGGCUGGGAUCCUGCCCUUUGGCGCCAUGUUCAUCGAGCUUUUCUUCAUCUUCAGUGCAAUCUGGGAGAAUCAGUUCUAUUACCUUUUCGGCUUCCUGUUCCUCGUCUUCAUCAUCCUGGUGGUGUCCUGUUCGCAAAUCAGCAUCGUCAUGGUAUACUUCCAGCUGUGUGCAGAGGAUUACCGCUGGUGGUGGAGGAAUUUCCUAGUCUCCGGGGGAUCUGCAUUCUAUGUCCUGGUCUAUGCCAUCUUUUAUUUUGUUAAUAAGCUGGACAUCGUCGAGUUCAUUCCCUCUCUCCUCUACUUUGGCUACACGGCCCUCAUGGUCCUGUCCUUCUGGCUUCUCACGGGCACCAUCGGCUUCUAUGCAGCCUACAUGUUUGUCCGCAAGAUCUACGCUGCUGUGAAGAUAGACUGAUGGGGGUGGACCGUGGCCUGGCCCACUCCAUCCACGGACAGGAAGCCACCCCGUGUGGGGAACUGCAGGCACGUAAAAUAAAAUAACUCCUGCUCAUUUGGAAUGUAACUCCUGGCAGAGUGUUCCUGGAUCCUGGGGCUGCAUAGGGGGCGGAGGGCCUAUAGGUAAAUCUUGCAUUUUUCUUCAUCAUCUUAUUCCAGUUCUGUGGGGGAUGAGUUUUUUGUGGGUUGUUUUUCUUCAGUGCUAAGAAAGAUCCCUCCAGCAGGAACUCUCAGACCUGUUUAUUCAGGUUUCUUUUUGGUUUGGAGUUUUUUCCUUAGUUUUUUUAACAAAUGGAUCCAGGAUGGAUAAACCCAUCAAGACACUGGGUUCUGGUCACUGUCUCCACCUCAGUUCCUCAGGGCUGUUGGCCACCCCACGACUAACUGGAAGAGGAAACGCCGGGCCUUCCAGGCUCCAGUGAGAUUUCUGAGCCUCUUGCUGCCCGUUCUCGCCAUUGAUGCCGCGACAAAGCACAGCUCAGCCUGGACACGCAUCCUCAGUGCCAACCAGCCUCUUCCAGCCCCUUUUCCUCCCUCUUCUCUCCUCCCCAGCCUCCUCCCAGGGCUGCUCGAGGCGGGGCUUCCCUCCAGGCCUCCGGUCAUCUUGUCACUGGGAGCAAGCCCAGGUCUUGGUUGCUACAAGGAAAUCCCCUGGAAGUACUGGGCACCAAAUGCCCCAGGACAGCCGGAGUUGCCCCUGCUCAGAGCAGUGAGAGUUUUCUCGACCGGAGGAGAGACUUGCAAUGAACCGUCUUCGUGCCAAGGAACCCUGGAUCCAGGGCCAAGUGUUUCCAGAGCCAAACCAAGCAUCCAUGUGUGUGCGUGGGCUGAGGGUCCUCACCCCGCAGGAGGCUCCUCAGCCGCUUCCUUGGGGGGGUUGCUGCUCUUUGCAGAGUGUGCUAGGGUGGGCCCUUUCCUCCAUUUCCAGGGCAGGACAAGGCCUGGCGACCGCAGACCCCCUCCUUUAGGUGGCUGGGAAGAGGCACUCUCCCUGACAGCCCCCAGCCUUAGUGCCCAUGCACAGCUCUUUUAGCCAGACCCCUCCCCUCCACCUCCUGUCUGAGUUCUUGUCUCCUUUGAGGAACACCCAGAACACUGGUUGCGAGAAGGAAGAUGGAAAGUAAGUUCUGUCAUUCCUUCCCCGAGUCCCAGGAAUAGGCAAGGAGCCCAACUUAGGAAGAGGAGCUGACGUGCAGGCCUGGCUCCCCUGUCAGCGCCCACUCCUCCUAACCCACCCCCCGCCCCCGUGCGUGUCACAAGACGUCUGCUCCUAAGCUGCAAGAGACCAAACCCACCCUGGGGUCAGGGUUCGAGUAGCAGCCACUCACCCUGGCUGCAGCCCCUUGAGGAAGCCCAACACAAGACAAAGCUCAGGAUGCUGGCUGAGCUAGGAACACACCACCCUCCCCGCCGCCCUCCCCCCGCACUCUCCCAGCAGCCCUCACCAGCUCCACCAGUCAAACCGGUGAUCUUCUCAACCUUGCCUCACAGCGACUCCGCAGUGCCAAGCGGCGUCCACCAAGAAUCAGGUUGGAGGAAAGGGAACCCAAGCAGUAGAGUAUGAUAAUGGAGUCCUGUUCAUUCGGAUCUUGGAUUUUUUUCCCUAAGAGAUUCUCUUUUGGGGGGGAGUGGGGAAACGGACUCCUCAUAAAGGGUUCAAACAGCAUCGAUUUUUCUGACUUUUUAAAUCAUCAUCAUCAUUAUUUUUAAUUAAAAGAUGCCUGUAUGCCUUUUUUUGGUCCAAUUGUAAAUAAAUAUGUCAUUGUCCUGUUGUCA